CAUUACAGUAGAAGCUGGAAAUGGAAUACUCAUAAGCUAGGAGGCUUAGGGUGUCUUAUCCACCGCCUUUUACUAUUCCAAGCUUCAAUUUUACUUCAAAACAAUUUAAGGUUUAAAGGCUUCUUCUCGGAAAAUUUCAAUGUGACUUUCUGGUUUUCUCACUCCCGCUAUCUUCGCUGAAUUACGAUUCCCCGCGCCUCUCUGCCUCUCUGUUACAAUACAGAGCCAUAGGCAUCAGGCUCAGACAGUACAAAAAGACUGACUCUGUGACUCACUCACUGACUGACUACCAGAGAGAGAGGUAGAGAGAGAGGGUCAUAUAGGAAUUGGCCUUGCUACUGCUAGCCAGGCUUUUGGCCUUUUAUGCUUUUGUCCAAGGCAGAAAAAAGCAACAAAGAAACAACAGAAGAAAACAGUGACUUGAGCCUCCUUAUAAUAAGACCUUACAAUAACCACUCAAAAACCCCAACCUCUCACUUUCCCUUCCAUUUCAUUUCUUUCUCUCUCUCUCUCUCUCUCUCUCUCUCUCUCAAUUUCUCACUUUGUUUCCAGUUUUCACACAAGAGUAGAAAACUAUAUGGACAAUCAAUGCAGCCCUUUACUUAGCAGCUGGGCAUACUACUGCCAAGGAAAGAGCAUGGAUGAUUUGAGGCAUUCCCUUUUGUAUGCAACUGUGGAGCUUGAACAAACAAGGGCUGCAGCACAAGAAGAGCUGAGGAAGAGAGAUGAGCAACUGUGCCACCUGAAAGAUCUGCUCAACAAUGCUAUCAGAGAAAAAGAUGAGGCCCAAGAGAAAUGCCAAAGACUCUUCCUUGAGAAAUUCCUCCUCCAACAACAACACAAUCACACAGCUCCUCUGUCUGGAAUUUCAAGCAUAGAAGAUGAGCCCAGGAGAGGAGGGAUUGACUCCAACAAUGGUGGAGGGUUUUCUUCCUCAGAUUGUGAAGAGAGCAUUGUGUCUUCACCAGUAAUUGACACAAUUCCACCAACCCAGUUGCCAUUACCAUCAUCGCUUCAAAACCAAAUUGGGGAAUUGGUGCCUGACAAGCCAUUGCCUGAAAAAGGCAAGCUUUUACAGGCAGUGAGGAAUGCUGGUCCAUUGCUCCAGACCCUUCUUUUGGCUGGACCACUCCCUCAAUGGAGACACCCACCUCCUCCUCUCGAGUCCUUUGAGAUCCCACCUGUCACUAUUACUUCACCACCAAUACCACUGCCAAAGCCACUGCUCAUCCACCAAGACUCCUUAAUUAGUGUUAAUGGCUGCAACAGGAAGAGGGUUCUUUGUGAAGGCUCUGAUUCCCCUAAUUCAGAGACCAAGUACCAAAGAGUAGUCCACCACUGACUGCUGCUAGAGCUGCCUCAGAUUAAUCCCCUGAUUUCUUAGCUUUUUAUAUCUAUAACUAUAAUUUGAUACCAACUAAAGGGUUAGUGAGGAUGAGAUAUCAAGUGGGUAUGUGACUGAUUUAGCAUUUUGUACAGAGGAAGGUUUGAUCUAGAAAGAGAGCUUGUUUUUAGUCUUUUAUGCCAGAGUUUUUGCUUGGGGGUUUAAAUUGUCUCUAUUUUCUUGUACCUUUCACAUUUUACAUGUUGUGAAAGAGGGACCUGAUUUUUCCAUAUUGUAUUGCGGGAAGUGAAAUGUAACUCUGAUGCUAGUUUAGUAAGAGUUUCAUUCUGUUUGUGUGAGUGAGCAUGAGAGAGUAAGAGAGAGAUCACAUCAAACAUUAAGAUUAUAGGUGUGGAGUUGUUGAAGGUUAGAGGAAGAUGGGUGUGGCCAACAACCAUAAAAGGUUAAAGAGAGCUCUGCUUGUCGGUUUGAGUGGAACCCAAAAAUCAGAAUCAGGAUCUGGUACUGGUGUGUGAUGUAUGAUUAUAUCUAUAAAUAUUUGAGGGAAGCAUCAUUUCUUUAACUUCCCUCUUCUCUGGUUUAA